CACAACUACGACUACAUCAAGUUCAUGCACGCUCAGCACGGGCAGAUCGACGGGCCGCUCGGCGGGGCUCAAAAGCACUUCAGCUACGCUGUUCACUCGGUGAGGGGGGACGCGACGAAUGCUAAAAUUGGAGAUUCCAAAGCUCACGUAUGCGAGGUCGCCAGCAUGUUUCAGCACUUGCCCGUUCGACAUCGGGAUUGCCCUGUCAUGCCAAUGAAUGAGGUUAACAGCGUAUACGCUGACGUGGUGCGGCUGCCCGAUCCUUGUAAGGCACCGCAGCAGAGGGCCAUCUUCCUGAAGCAGGUGCGUUGCGUCGGCGCUUCUGAUUGGCUGCGCCACCCAAUGCAGUCGGGCAUUGCCGAUGGCGACUGGGACCCGACCGUCGGCGACAGCCAGUACGUCUACGACAACUAUUUCCACGUGACAGUGUGGAUUUUCUCAACGGACCAGGGGGGCGAACAAGUUGGUGCAGCGGGCCUUUUGGGUGCGGAUUGUCGGUGCCAUAGUCUCAUCCUGAUGUUUCGGCAAUGGUGCAUGCUUCACGAGAUGGCGCUCGUUGUAAAAAAGCAGUUGGGCUCAUUCGGUACAUAUUGGGCGUCCCUGGCAAAAAUCAUAAACGUGUGGAGGACUGGGAACAACGCCUCAAAGAUAUUCGACACAUUUUCAGCCAUGUACGGCGAACGUCAGGCAAAGAGCGCCGUGGGGCGGUUGCCAUCGAGGCCUCUGCGGGGGCGCUGGGGGUCUGCGUCAAAGACAGAGGGGUACUUGCUGAACGCGACGCGGGCGCAGCUGGUCCCAGCGUUCAAGGCGGCUCUGUUGGCACCUCCCCCCACUCGGCGGCGGCGGUCCGCAGUCCCCGACAUCGACGAGGACUUCGCAGCGGAGGGCUACUCGGAGAGAGUUGGCAGAUGGCUGAGAGAGGCGCUGGAGUGCAUGGACGGGGACCAGUUCUGGGGCGACCUGCACAUCGCCAACGUCUCCCGUGGAAUUGUGGAUCACAUGACUCACUGGCUGCAGAAGUGUCAGGGACAGGAUGGCCGCGCAGAUAUUCCCAAUAUCGUUGAGGUCGUGUGCGAUAAGUGCGUGCAGAUGCAGGCGGAUUUUGACCAGCUCGUCGACGACGACGUCAUGGCCGUCGUGUGGGGCCGAUUGUUUGCUGUCGUGGGGGGGCGCGGCACGGCGUAUUGGACUGGUCGCAUCGUUCAGUUUUCACUUGAGGUGUUCACCGAUUUUCAUUGGCGAGUGGUGCGGGCCUCGCGGCAGUUCCCCCGUCGGCUGGCAUGGCUCGUUUGGAAGCUCCCCCACGAAGAAUGCGACAUGCGCGCGCAGGUUGCCUACGACCUUCUGCAUUUGGACCCGCGCGAAAUCAAGGACGAGGCAUCGCUGAAGUUUGGGUACGUGUUCGCGCGCGAGCUGUACGACACCGCCACGGUUGGCCGCGGCAAGAUACCCCUGAGCAUAUACCAGUUCUGCGUGACCGUGGACGGCGGCGACGACGGCGACAACGACAACGCUGAGUUCUGGAUCAUGUCCAUGAAGUUUCGUACUACGAUCUGGUGCACGCGGGCAGUUGACUCGGGCACUGAUGGGAGCGCGGGCAUGGGGGCCGUGGCGCUCAGCCUUCCGCUGGAGGCGGAACCCUUGCUGGAGGUGCUCAGCGGGUCCCACGCUAGGUGCAUUAUACCCGUCGCCGAUGGAGACGGCGUCGCAUUAUCCCAGGUCGCGAGCAUGAGGGUGGCCGUCCACGAGCUGGCGUGGGACCUCGGCUCCAACCAGGUGGCCUCCAUCACGGAUGCCAUCGGGGAGGCCGCCGAGGCCCUGGCGGCGGCGGCGGCGGCGGCGGAGGCCGCGGUGGCCGAGGCCGCGGUGGCAUUGGCCGCUUUGGGCGGCGCGGGCGAGCAGCCCCAGGCGGCAGGGGCAGAGGCGGAGGAGGCGGCAGAGGUAGAGGUGGAGGAGCAGGGCCAGCUGGCCGCGGCGAUGCCUGGCUCGAAGGAGCUCUUGCAAGACUUUGCUCACGACUUAGAGGCGUACGCGGCGCAUGGAGGGGGCGACGGCGACGUCGAGGGCGCCGACGGAGACGACGAGGACGCUAUCGGGAAGGAAGAGGAGAGGCAGGCUGCUAAGUUCCUGGACGCCGCAGCUGGCGACGAUAAGCUGGAUGGCGUUGCUGGUUUGCUGGACGUCGCGCUGGGCGGCGGCGCGUUGAUCGAGGACGCAGUCGACGCGACCCUCAAUGUCAAGUUCCAGUCUGAUAAGGACAUCACCGACGGCGAGGGCCGCGAUGGCGACGACGCGAUCAUUGCGAAGUGGGCAGACUCAGUAAAGGACAGCAUCCGUGCAUUCGAGCAGUGCAUAGUUGCCUGCCGCCAUCGUCCAACGGCGCGCGACGUGGGGCUGAUCAUGCGCUCGGUGCAGCUGGACGGCGGCAACGAUAGCCCGAUAGUUCACCACGUUAGCUUUUGUUAUUGGGACCUCGCCCCGAGCGACGACGACGAUUUUAUGUGGAAGGCUCGCCCACUUGGAACACUUAAAAGUCAUGACCAGCAUGUGUUGUCUUAUGCACAGCCUGCGUCGGCCAUUGAUUUAACUGAGGACAUUGUCAGCGGACGCUGCCGAGUGCUGCUUGGGGUCACUGGUAUGCGCAUGAGCAAGCCUCGAGAUAUGAGGGAGCCGAUCCCUAGGGACAUGAUGAGGCUGAGCCACAUCUUCAGCUCUUUCUACGACUCCGACUCACCAGGCCAUGAUCUCGAGACAGACGUGGGCGUGGCUGGCAGAGCGAGUUGGGCGAGGAAGGGCGUCGCAUUCGAGCACUGCGAGAUCUGCGGCAAGGACGUCAUAUAUGUGGGCGCAGAAUAUGGAGAUACAGUGGCUCACCACGCAGAGGUUUGCCCAUUUUGCAGGAUAUGUCAACACAGCGUGUGCUCAGCCAGACUCGGUCGCGACUUACUUGAUUCUGGCACGGCGAAGGGGUACAACAUCUUGAACGAAGUGCUUUCACUGGACGAGUUCGGCUGGGACUGCGAACGCAUUCGCGUCUGCGCGGUGGACUUUUUCGACGAUCGCAAGUUCGUUAACGCCUCUUCGUUUUGUGGCGUGUGCCAGGCCGCCAUAGGCCCUGACUUCCAUGAGUUGGCCGUGAACGCAGAAGUUGAUAUCAGCGCGGGUGACGUUGGUGGGGGUGACGGUGGCGACACGGAGCCCGACCUGUUCGCUUAG